AUUGACAUAAAAACUUUCUUCAGUAUUCUAAAAGCUCAUAGCAAUGGCAUUUUUGGCUACCAUUUCUGGCCAUGAAAAUAUGCUUCUUUCCAAUACCCUAAACAAUAACUUUAUUUUCAGUGGAAAACCUCCACAGAGACAUUCUUAUAGUUUCCUCCCCAAGAAAAUCCAGGCCAGAAGUGUUGCAAACUCAUCCAAAACAUUUCAAGUCAAAGAAGAAGAAUUCUCAUCUAAGACAGAGAAAUUCAUCUUGCCUAAGUUUGACUUUGAAGAAUAUAUGAAAAUGAAGGCAAUUAAGGUAAACAAAGCACUAGAUGAUGCAAUACCAAUGCAAGAGCCUAUAAAAAUUCAUGAAGCCAUGAGAUACUCACUUCUAGCUGGGGGAAAACGCGUCCGGCCGAUCCUAUGCAUGGCUUCUUGUGAAGUAGUAGGAGGGGAUGAAUCCUUAGCUAUUCCUGCAGCUUGCUCGGUUGAGAUGAUCCACACCAUGUCACUCAUCCACGACGAUCUUCCUUGCAUGGACAACGAUGAUCUACGUCGUGGCAAGCCCACGAGCCACAAGGCUUUCGGGGAAGACACUGCAGUUCUAACAGGGGAUGCACUUUUGUCUUUGGCCUUUGAACAUGUAGCUUCCAAGACUAAAGAUGUGACACCCCAAAGAGUGGUUCAAGCCGUUGGCGAAUUGGGUUCAGCCGUUGGCUCGAAAGGGCUUGUGGCGGGGCAGAUUGUGGACAUAGCUAGUGAGGGAAAACAAGUGAGCCUAACUGAAUUAGAGUACAUUCACAACCAUAAGACAGGGAAACUAUUGGAGGCUGCUGUGGUUUGUGGGGCAAUAAUUGGGGGAGGGAAUGAGAUUGAGGUGGAGAGAAUGAGGAACUAUGCUAGAUGCCUUGGACUGUUGUUUCAAGUGGUAGAUGAUAUUCUUGAUGUUACUAAGUCAUCAGAAGAGUUGGGAAAGACAGCUGGUAAAGACCUAGUGACUGAUAAGGCUACAUAUCCUAAGUUGAUGGGGCUAGAAAAAGCUCGGGAGCUCGCCGGAGAGCUGGUGGCUAAGGCCAUGGAUGAGCUGAGCUACUUUGAUGCUGCCAAGGCGGCACCUCUUUAUCAUUUUGCUAAUUAUAUUGCACAUCGCCAGAAUUGAUUGACUGAAAAGUUCAUGGUUAAGACACUGCGUAUACAUAAAUGUAAUAGAACUGAACUUCAUGUCAUAUUUCUACUUAUGGGAUCAAGUAAAAGAAAAUGAAACAUGGGUAAUAGGGAAACCUAAACUUUUACCUGGUACCUAAGUGGGACAUUUUUUAUGUGGGAAUUCAGGGGUCACCUAAGUUGCUCUGACACGGCAGUUUAGGUAUCCGUGUCGACACGACAUUUGUAUUGGUAUGGGUAUGAGAUUUGCACCGGAUUUGGUCAA